AGCUAAAAUAAAAAAAUGAAUAAUUUAUUAUCACUAUUAAUAACCUGCUGUGUGUGUGGGUCUCAGAGAGGCUGCACUAACCUGCUGAAAGGAGACACCAGAGAGUCCCGCGCCAACAUGACAGAGGGCAGCUACCAGAAGAUCUACUGCUCCAACAUGAUGAAGGCCAACCAGGACAUCUUUAGGGAUGGGAUCACCGAGCAGACGGUCGACAUCUUCAUUGAAAAUAUCCUGAUUUGUGGAUUGUCUGGUUUCUCCGACUUCUACAAAGCUGAUUGGCUGCAGCACAUCCUCCGGCUGCAGGACGAGGAAGCGGGCUGCUUCGGGAGAGACAAGAGCAUCAUGUCUCAGAUCAUCGGAGACGAGCUGCUGGAGCAGCUGCAGCCUCACCGGAGAGUGAAGAGGAGGGAGAAGAUACUUCCAGACGGCUGCUCCAGUCACAUGACGGCGGUGGCGGUGGGCGCUCUGGGAGGAUACCUGAACUACUACCUGGCAGAACAGGACAUAACCAAGAGGCCAAUCUCCUGAACGGCCUCCGAGACGGCCACCCCCCCCCCCCCCAAUUUGGAUUUUCUUAGCGGUGACCGGUACCUAAUAAUGAUCUGCUUCAGAGAUGAGGGGUAAACAAUAAGUUCAUACUAGUAGUUUAGGCACACCUGAGGCUAAAGUUUAGCAUGUUCAGUAUAAUCUAAUACUACAAAGCUCUGACCUUCAUCUAAAUCUAACUUCUGACUUCUUACACUUCUGACAUUGUUAUUAAUGCGCUUGUUUUACUUUUUGUUCAGUCUUAUUUUUUUUGGCGGGUCACAAAGCAACUUGUGUAAAUGUGCAUAACAUCCCCGACUGCAUCAGAGUGUGUAGAUGCUGUACUUUUGGCUUUGUAUUAUGAGCUAUAAAUGAAUGAUCUGAAUAAAAGAUUAUAAUAAUA